UUCCUGCUGUUGGCCGGCCAGCACCGAGCAACGGGAAGUCCAUGAGUAUGGAUUCUCGCUCGCGAUUGGUGUCGGGUGGUGGCAUACGUGGCGUGGGUUGUCCGCCAGGACCCCAGUACGGAGUAAAUCGACGGCAACCUCCUCACGGCCAGCAGCAGCACCGACUCUCCGGGAAAUCGAACAAGCCUGACCCCUGGCUCGCGGGCACGGCGCCCGAGUGCACGACCGCGCUGGCCAUGUUGAAAAACGCGGCGAGGUUGGACAGGCUGUCGUUCGGGUGCCCCAGCCUAGACGCGGCUUUCGAAGGAGGGGUUCGCGUGCAGGGCAUCACGGAGAUAGCCGGAGAGGCGGGGGCCGGCAAAACGCAGCUGUGCCUUCAGCUGCUCCUUCAGGCACAGCUAGCACCGGAGGCGGGAGGCCUCGGCGGCAAGUCUUACGUUCUUACGUGCGGCGAGGGGGAUUUUCCCAGCCGAAGGCUGCGGCAAAUGGCGUCAACCUACCAGAGUCGCCACGGUGUGAAGCCCGAGAAGCUGAUGGAGGGCGUGUGUAUCCAGAACGCCAAGACCCUUGACGACCAGAUGAUGAUCAUCAUGGAGCACCUUCCGCACAUCAUGCGGUCGCAGAACGUCAAGCUCGUCGUGAUAGACUCCAUCGCCGCACUUUUUCGCAGCGACUUGGGUUGCGGGCGCGGGGACAUCGGAGAGCGCUCGAGGCUGCUCGGGCGACUGUCACAACAGAUGAAACGGCUGGGCGAUCGACACGGUGCUGCCUUCGUCGUCGUGAACCAGGUCACGGCCAAGUUCGGGUCCUCGACGAUCGGCGGGGGGGGCGGGGGGCAGGGGACGAUGGGCGGGGUAGGAGGGAGCGGCGGCGGCGGCGGCGGCGGCAGUGUGCCUGCGAUGGGACUGCUGUGGUCACAAUGCAUCAACACCAGGUUUAAAGUCCGUCGUCGAGAUUACCGGCUGUCGUUGCAACCCCCACCCUCCUCCGAAUCUGGCUCCAGACAACGGGCUACUCCGAACCCACGCGACCAGAAUUCGUCUUCGUUGUCAUUGCCAUCGGCGGCAGCGGCAAGAAGACUUGGGGGAGGGGGGGGAGUGAACCCUCCCCUCGUGCACCCGCCCGACCCCAACGUUGGCGGCGGGGGAGGGGGUUCGGGGGAUGGGGGUGUAUGUUCCCGGUCGGCGGGACCCCCGCCUUGUUCUUCUUCUUCAGCCAUUGCGAGAGAGAUCACCCUGGACAUGUCGCCCUGCGUGCCCGUGCACGCCCGCUGCGGGUUUGUUGUUGAGAGGAGCGGUGUUCGUGGGGUUGGGUAACGCGGGGGUGUCGCAUAGUGCCGUAUGUCUUUUUCUGUCGACCGCGCUAACCGGCUGAUCAAUCAAAAGAAGUCGUCAAUAUUGUAGCGUGGGUGUGUGUCUUCAGAAUUAGCAUCGACCGUGCUUACGGCUGACCAAACGAAAAGACGGUAAGUCUCAGCGCGGUUGAAAACAGAGUAUUCUUCUGAAAGGCCAUGAGCUGUGCGAGUGAAGUGGUGUGGCGGGAAGGGUGUUCGGGCUUGGAGGUGGCGAAAUGAGAUGCUGGUGAAACAGACGAAGAAGUCGGUCGUCUGCUGUCCCACUCUGUUGGAGGCCGGGCUGCUCGUGCGAUUGGUCGGAAGAGAUUUGUUCGUUGUUGUGUAUUUUGUCUGUCGCGAAGUGCAUGGUGGCGUCGGCUGCCGUGAUGUUGGGGGGAAAGCUAGAGGGUUUAUCGGUACAGUUUGUGAAGUUUGGAAGACCACACGCUGCGCGAAUUGGUGAUGGGUGAAGAUAUUACUUUUUUCUCUUUGUCGGUCGGUGCCGGCGAUGUGUGCAGCAACUCGUAUCUCGUCUUUUUGUUGGCCGUGGGUUAGUCAAUCCAGAAUGAAAGAGUGUUGUCGAUGGCUUGUGCGUCGGCUGCGGCUAAUAGGCAAGUGUCCGUGUUGGUUGUGAAUCCCGUUAAUUUCGUGGGCCGGCUUGGCUACAGUAGUGAUAUGUUGAUCCUUUUUUUGCGACCCUGGGAAAUGUCACGUUGAAAGAAAUGCACAUUCGCUUAAUCAAGAAGUCGUACGCCCU